AGAAGAAGAAGAAGAAGAAGAAGACCUCUAGGUACAGAGCGUGAACAUGUUUGGAGCAGUGGUAGUUGGUAUUGGCACAGCUGGAUGGGUGAGGAUUAGAGACAUCUUGGCCCCCCUGCCUGGCAGUCCUGCAGAGAAACUGACUAUCAGAGGAUUCAUAUCCAGGAGAAGCCUGGACCCUCAGCAGGGGAUAUGUCAGAUCCCAAUUCAAGAGGCUUUGAGCAGAGACGACAUUCAUGUGGCUUUCAUCUGCACUGAGAAUGCGUUUCAUGAAGAGAACAUCAGAGCUUUCCUGCAGGCAGGUAAACACGUCUGUGUUGAGUAUCCCAUGACCUUGGACUAUAAGGCUGCUGAGGAGCUGUGGGAUUUUGCCGAGAAAAAGGGAGUGAUUCUCCAUGAGGAACACAUCGAGCUGCUAUCAGAAGACUACAAAGCUCUUAAGAGAGAGGUAGAGGGCAAAGUCCUGCAAGAAGGAACCCUUCAUUUUACUGGUGGACCUCUGAAACCUGGAGCUGGUUUCCCAUCAUUCUCUGGCAUUGCUCGCCUCACCUGUUUGGUUGAGUGGUUUGGUGAGCUGUCAGUUACCGCAGCCACCAUGGACCACCAUUCUGAUAGAAACUACAGUAAAAUGACUGCUACGCUUCUUACUGUUGACAACAGACCUUUGACAUGGAUUGAGGAACGGGGACCAAACCUGCAAAGGGCCAAGCACAUCAAUUUUCAAUUCGACACCUGCACUCUUACUCAGAUCCCUCCCACACCCAGAGGGGCUGUGGGCCUCUUCAUGCAGGAUUUAACCUACUUCUCUGCCAAGCUAACGGGUCAAGUGAGCCAGGAGGAGCUUCAGAGGGAAAAACAACGAGUCCUACACUGUCUGAAACUGGCAGAGACAAUACAACAAUGUUGCCAAGAAGUCAUUCCGUGCCGCCAUGUUGAAGGACGCCUCAAGUCGCUUAUUUCGGCAGCGAGGAGCGAGGGAAUAACCCUGAGGAGCUAUGAUCGAGGAAACAUGAGAGCAUCUUUCCAGAAAGUCUUUUUACUGACAGACACGCCCCCCUUAUCGAAUAUCACUCAUUGAUUGGACGCUGCAGCAGAUCAGACUUCAAUGAAACUUAGCAACAUCAGCAGUGUUUUUAGAACGGAGAAAAGACGGACACAGCAGACUUUUAAACAGACUGGAAACAUCUGUCAGUUUGUAAAGAAUCUGUGAUGAGCUGGAGUUAAAAUAGUGUUUAACAUGAAGAUUAACAACCAAAUAUGAAGUAUAAGUUCUCUAAAAAUUUAUGUGAGAGUGUUGGUCGAUCACUCCCGGUUUUUAUAUUUGAUUUGUUUUUUUGAUUCACCAUCAAACAAAAAGUCUGUUCAUUUAAAUGUUCAAACCAAAAGAUCAUAAACGACUCCUUCAUUAUUAGAACAGCUGAUAACAGUUAGAAACAUGUUUUACAUUCAUCAUGACCGUUAAUGAUCGUAUGGUUUGAAAAUGUCAUGCAUCCUGUUUUGGUGAGAUUUUGAUCCUUCCAAAACAUUUUCAAUAAUCCUGAUACAUCCUUAGUGUUUUCUAAAAUACAGAGUUCACUCUCAGAUUAUCAGUAAAAACAAAUAAUGAAAUAUGAAAGCUUUGAGCCUGUAGAAAUGGUGGUUAGUGUUUUUAUUAGCAGACUGCAGGUUGUUCUUCAUGUGCAGGUGUUUGUUAUCAGCUAACAUAAAGAGACUAAACACUGUUACUGUGUAUUUGAUUAGAAUUAACACAGUGUGUAUUUAUGGGGACAUAAACAGCUGCUAAAGCUGACUGACAGCUGAACGUGAUCAGCUGUCAUCAUCAAAGCUGUCAUCAUCAAAAACCAUAUGUGUUUUCCGGUACUAGUUUUGGAGACAUUGGAUCUGAUUUGAUGGUAAAUGAUUACACUGACAUCCUUUGGCUGUUCUGUCUCAUCUCUUUGUGAUUCGCAGACUUUCUUGAUGCACAUUUACAUCAUAUCAUGUUCAGAAUACAACAUUGUUCAUCUCUGACCUUUAAAAGAUCACCGUCUAGAAAUGCUCCUUUUUCAAAGUCUGAGAAAACUAUUGUUAUGAUUUAGCUCUAUCUAAAUAAAAAUGUUGAUGAUUGAU